AUGGGCCACAUCUCCGUCGCGCUCGUCUCCGACCUCGGGAACCGCAUUGCAGGCGCGCCCAUCUCGUACGCGCUGAGAACCGCACGUGACUCUGAAAACUUCCACGCGGGCGCGGCAGCGCAAAUCCUCUUCAUGGAGUCCGACACGGCAUGCGACUUCCACGCCGCCCCGGCUCCGUGUGCUCGCGACGCUCACACCGGCCUCAGAGAUCACAUCGUGGAGUUGCUUACUGCGUGA